AUGGCUCAUUACCGAAACAUCAAGACAGGUUCUCCACCUUCUGGAUGGACUCCCGAGGUUAAAUAUAUUGAAAAUGUAGUUUGGUCUUCAACAGUGCCAAAAGAAGUGCGAGAUUUAUACGAACCCAAGAGAGGAGCGCAAGAAACACGGACAAUCAACUUCUUGAAAGAACAUGUCAACUUGACCGGUACUUAUCCAGCAAACAAAGAACAGCGAAGAAACAUCAAAAUCAAAAAAUUGACCGACAAGUCUCAUCCGUGUUGUGGUGCAUAUGGCUUAUUUGCCGCUCAGAAUCUUCAACCACGCCAACUUGUAUUAGAUUAUCUGGGUAUUAUUGAGUACAAAACCUAUGACUUGGCCUCAGAUUAUGUAUUGCGACUCGGAGCAGAUGUUUCUAUUGAUGCAGCAUAUUAUGGAAAUGAAGCUAGGUUUUGUAACGAUUUUAGAGGAGUUAGUGCCGGGCCAAAUGUUUGUUUCCAGAACUACAUGGACUCUCAGACAAAGCAUAUCCGCAUCGGUAUAUUUGUAUUAGGAAACCGCAAGAUCAAGAAAGGUGAAGAACUUCUGGUCACAUAUGGAAAAGCAUUCUGGUCUAACCGAGGGAUAGAUAUGAGCCACCAAAAUCAUUCAAAUCAACAAUGA